AUGUUCCAGGUGACCUCCAGGGCGAAGAGAGAUGCCCUGCAGAGAGCAAUGGCAAACUGCAUGAGGCCAGGUUACGAAGCUGCCAUGAAGCACUCUGGCAAGGGAAUCAUGGCGAAGCAAACGAAUGCGGUCCGUAGGCAUGCCGACGCCAUCGGUUUUGAAAUGUUCGAGGAAGUGCGCGACAACCUCGAAAAGGAGCUUGCAGACGACAUCAAAAAGGUUUCUUCCGACAUCGCCAGUCUCUGGACAGACAAGAAGGGCUGCGGUACCUCCAUCAAGGCUGAGAUGAGCCGCUUGGUCAAGCCUCUCCAUCCAGAGGAGGCGAACCAGAAAACUUUGGCGAGAAUCAGCAGCGAAACCAAGAAUCAGCUUUCCAACGCCAUCAGCGUAUGGCGUGCCGAGUGGCACAAUGUCUCUAUCCGUCUCCCGGCGGCUACGGAGCCAUUGGAGGAGUUCGAGGAAGUUGAGCCCAAAAAGAUGGUGAAGAUGGAGCAUGUUAGUUCGGAGGUGAAAAUCGAAACAACCGAGUAG